AUGUCGCGACCUUAUUAUAACCCACAAGGAUAUCCUCCACAGCUACGUACUGGGUCGCAUCGCCCUAUCCAACGUCGUCGGCGCCGCCCCAACAGUACCAAGCGUAUGCCCCAGCAGUGCCUCCAAACAAGCCAGUACCCUCACCGUCUCCGGUGUCUCCAACUUAUCCUGGCUAUUCUCAUUCAUCGCAAUCCCCUGCACCUCAGAGUUACUCCCCAGCGCCAUAUAGUUCGGCUCCACCACCGCAACAGGGAUACCCUCAGGCCCCCCCUUAUGGAUCAGACCCCUAUGGGCCUCCUCAAGGUUAUGGACAACCCCCUCAAGGCUACGGGCAACCUCCUCAAGGCUACGGAAGGCCUCCUCCGCCAUCCCCACAUGGCUCGUCAACUAGAUCCGCGCCUGGACCUGAAUAUCCUUCACAGCCAUCUUCUCAUGUACAUAGUCAUCCCACAUGGACCAGGAUAUCCUCCGCAGAAUGCACCUUACCCCGGUGGUCCCGCGCGUCCUCCACAGCAAGGAACACCUGGACCGACUGGACCUCAAGGUGCUCCCUAUGGCCCUCCAGGAGGCGCGUCUCCCGCUCCUCGAGCCACCGAGCAGCAGGUAGCCGCCUAUCGCCAGCUUCUAAUUGGGACCAUCCAAGAGAAGAAUCUCCAAAACUUCUAUCCCCCCGAGAAGUUGAAUUUACUCGUUCAAGGUCUGGCCAACGAUGCACCGGCUAAAAUCAACAAGAUCAUCCGUGAAUGGGGAGUGCCGACAGAGGUAGCUACGGACAUCAUUAAAUUGUCCCUCUUCGAUAUCAUUCUUUACGUAGAUGACAGUGGAUCUAUCGAAUUUGAGGAAAGAGGCGUGAGAAAAGAACAACUGAGGCAGAUCAUUGGCAUCGUUGCGACCGCUGCAUCUACCUUCGAUGAGGACGGCAUCUCGGUGCGUUUCAUGAACUCCAUGGAAAGAGGCGACGGCAUCCGCAAUGUGGAUGAUGUCAACAUGCUGGUCUCACGUGUCCGUUUCCAAGGGUUGACACCGCUGGGGACAGGUCUGAAGAAUAAGGUUCUGGAUCCUCAGGUCGUGGGACCCGCCCGGGCAGGUCGCUUACAGAAGCCGGUACUUAUCAUUACCAUUACAGACGGACAGCCAGCCGGUGAACCUCUCGACUGCGUGGCUAAUUCGAUUCGCUAUGCUGUUGACGAGGUAUCGCGAACCCCAUUUGGACGGGGUGCUGUUUCUUUCCAGUUCUCGCAGGUGGGCAAUGAUGCCAAGGCACGUGAUUUCCUAUCUAGUUUGGAUGAGGACCCAAGCAUUGGAAAUUUGAUUGAUUGCACUUCAAACUUUGAGGUCGAGCAAGACGAGAUGUCUCGUGCCCUCCCCCCUGUGUAUUUGACUCGAGAACUUUGGUGCGCUAAAUUGAUGCUUGGUGCUAUUGAUUCCUCAUAUGAUACCAAGGACGAGAAGGCCGCCGGCCGUGCUGGAGGGCCUGGCGGACCUGGAGGGCCUGGCGGAUUCGGAGGACCCCAAGGACCCCAAGGACCCCAAGCACCCCAAGCACCUGGCGGACCUGGUGGACCUGGCGGAUUCCGGGGGCCAGGUGGACCUCCAGGACCUCCACCAGGUCAGUAUGGUGGCUAUAACCCGGGACCUGGAUAUGGCCAGCGAGGAAACCCUAAUCAACCUCCGCCACCCAGUCCAUAUGGCCCAGGACCGGGAUAUGGUCAAGCACCUUAUCCUCCUAACCAGGGCCAGGGCCCACCACCUGGCUAUGGACAGCCACAGCAGUAUGGUGGAUACGGGUCUCCUCCUCCUUCUGCUGGAUAUGGACAACCGCCCGCUGGUGCCACGAGAGGCUACCCCCCACCACAGAGCCCUUACGGAUACGCUCCCCCUCCGCCACCGCGGUACUAA